UUCCCCUUGCAAUCCGUCGUCUGCUUCUCGAACCGCGACUUCCUUACCCUCGGGACGUCCGAACUCCUUCAUAUAUACCUGGAGGAGCCGGAAACCUCGGGCACUGCUUCGAAAAACCACCGAACGAACGGAUCUCUUGUACUCACCUCCAACAGGUGGACGGAAUUCGCACACCGCAACAGAAUGCGAGAGCUGCUCGUUACGAUAACCCUCCUCUCCGUACAGGUUUCGUCAGAUGAGUUUGAGGCUAGAAAGAGACUCGAACUUCCACCGGAAGUUGAUCCGAAUUUUUGGCCGGUGAGAGGCAGACGGUCCUAUUGGGAGAACGUCGAAACGUCAACUUCUGGACAAUUGUUUGGUAAUUAUUUUAUAAAAAAUGAAAAUCCUAGAAUGGCAUCCGCAGUUCACUUUGCGCGUCGGAAUCACCUACAGAGUCCGUUAGAUACAAAUUUCUACGACAACGGAUUCGCGACUCCUACCAGACGGGGUUUUACCUGGAUACCGGCCUAUACCACGGACGUGAGUCCUGUGGGAUCCGAUGAACAGGACUACGAGGGAAUAUCUCCUGGAAUUUGGGGUUCCCGGUUUUGUUCGAGAAAGAAGCCGAUCUCGGUUGUCAUCCCGUACGGAGAAGACUCGAAUAUGAUAUCUGCCGCGUCGGGUAUUUGUCCUGGAUUACGAUGCGGUGGGGAUCCCGUAGGAAGAAACAGAGGUCGUAGGGAAGACGAAAGAUGGCGAACGCAGAAACCAUUGUACGUCGACGAACCGCGUUGGAUAGAAAUAGACUACAAUCAAGGAAACUGGGAAGGUUCGAAGCAAAAUGAGGACCCCUUCUUCGUGGCCAGAGGGAAAAGGCGUCUGGACGAUGGAAAUUUUUCGGAUAUCAGGGAACGACGACAUCUGGAUGACCUAAUAGAUUCCUAUAACUCUGAACCGUUUUUCAUCACAAGGGGUAAAAGAAGUUUGAAAAACGACGACCUCGACGGUCUUCAGGUACCGAAAAUUUGGAAUGAACGGAGCGGGAGAAACCUGUGGGAUAACUCUGGAGAGGAUAACGAGGAAUCAAGAAAAGUUUUAGAAAGUGAAAAGGUCAAAACAACCGACUCUCUAAAGUCGAUUUUGAAGAACUCUUCGGAGGAUCUAAAGUUUUCAGGUACUACAACAUCAACAACAACAAAGUCUUUAGGGAACCUGCAAUUAGAUCUUGAUAAUAAAAGAAUAGCCCGCUCUCCCGUAGGUCCGAAAAACGUUAACAGCGAAUUAGAGACGUCAUCCGCGGAAGGUGGUAACGUCAAAAAUUGGGAAACUUAUAAUUUACAAAAGAAUGAUGAAUUUAUUCCCGCCAAGCCAGACCGUUAUUCGAGACCUCGCGACAAGCACUCUAAUCUUCAGAGUAUCCUGGAGGAACCGUUUUUCAUAUCCAGAGGUAAAAAAGACGACGACGAAAAAUAUUCCGAAAUUUAUAAAGUGCCGUCUAGCGAUCGAGAUCGAACGAUAAGUCCCCGAACAUUGUCAAACUUUUUGAGAAUUUACGAAAACAGAAGACGUUUCCGCACAACCGAUGGCCUUGAAUUUCCACGAGGUACGGAAUACGGUGCCGAUGCUUCGAAUCGCGACGACGACGAGGAACCGCUAAAUUACGGUAUCAUUAGAAUUCGUAAGUCAAAACUCGACGGUACGGACGAUGAACCUCCACGAAGUCGCAGAGGAAUGCUAGAAGAAUUAUUAGACCAAAAAACUGACGACCCUUUUUACGUCGCACGGGGUAAAAAAUUCGUCUACAACACCAAGCCUUCGAUUCCCAGUAGUUACGAUAAUUCUCAAACCUCCAAACCCAACAAGUAUUCCCUAUUUUCCAAAACCACACAAACGAAACUACUCCGAAAACUUUCGAAUUUUCCAAAAAAACCUUUCACCCACGUCGUACCGGAGGAUUUACAUGAAGCGGAAAGUAACAUCCAAGGGGAUAAAAAUUUCUGGAACAUGUUCAACAACAACGCGAUAAACUAGGGUAAUUGAAUUUCAAAGACACAGAUUAAUUGAACAAAACGAUAACGACGAUUGAUUCGUCAACAAAUUAAUUUAUCAUCAUCAUUAUUAUUAUUGUUGUUGUUAUUAUUACUAUAAUUAUUGUUUAAAUAUUGUAUCUCUGCCAGAAACUAAUAAAUACAUGAAUAUAAAUAUAUAAUACAUAAGAUGUGUCAAAUACUCGAUAAUGAAUUGAAUAAAAAGUUAUCAAUAUGGCCCCGGGUUUCUUAACCAUGUAAAUUAAAGUAGAAAAUUAAAAAUCAUUAUAAAAUCGAUCAAUUCCGCGCAUCAAGGCUGAUGGUAAGGACUAUUUCAAAAUAUUCCGAUUCCAAUUUAUCGAUUGAUCUAUUGAUUUUUCUCGACAUUCGAAAGCCCUCAAAACGGAAAAUUGAUCAAAGCUCCAAAACGUGGGUGACUUGAGUUUUGCUACUCGUCGGCAGUACGUUUCUUUAAAUACUCGAAGCUAUUCCAUUCAUCAGGGAUGAGAACGGUAGUCACAGACGGCGCCCAUAUUUUACAAAUGAACGCACCUCCCCCCUGCCCUCUCCCUAACGCACCGUUACAACGAUAUGCUAAAAAGUUUAAUAGGACAAGAGCUGAAGCCAGACGCCCAACGUCGUCGUUUUUUACUGCGUAAUACGUGUACCGUAUUUGUAUAUUUCCCUAAAUAUGUCCCAUACGUAUACCAUUGUCCUUAUAAUUAAAGACAGAGAAAACCAAUUGAAAAAUACACCCCACACCCCCUCACGCCUUUGCCCCCUUCAUCGGUACAUAUUUUCUAAAAUAUAUAAUAUAAAUAAUUUUUCCUUUCUUCCUUUUUUUGGUUAACUUUUUUCUUUUAUUAUUCUCAUCAUUUGUGCGAAAAACGUCGUGCGUGUAUAUUAUAAUAUACAAGAUGACGUACGCGCAGUAAUUCAAGUCAUAUACAUAUACCCCCUGAACCCGCAUAUGCUUCGUAUAAUAAUUCAAGAUGCCGGUGAAAAAUACGAGGAGAAAAAAAAAUAAAAAAAAUCAAUGAAAAAAUAUUUAUCUACAGUAUUUUGUGUAACCUAUCGUACGCGUAUGUAUAUACCUGAUCUGAAAAUCACUUGUGCAUCCUUAAAAAAAUUUCAAUCGGUUCCGCCGAUUGUCAAUUGAUUUUGGAAAUCGACAACUAUGCGAAACAAGAGUGACAGAGUAAAUUGAGGAAGAAAGCGGAGAAAAAUUACCCAAUUCAUCCGCAAUUUUUAUGCAAAUUUUGUCGAAAAGGUAUAAUUCUUGAUUACCGAAUGUAAUGAACAACUUAUUUUCUCAGAUAUAUUAUAUAUAUAUACCUGUAUAAAAACGCAUAUGUACGUCUGUAUUGAUUUCUAAAGAAUGAGCUACACAACGGCGAUAAUUUAUUAAUUUUUAAGAUCCCUCGCGCCGGGGUUACGGGGGUUAAUUAUUUUGUUUGGUGUGGGCACGUAUAUCGCACAUCUAUGGUAUGUAAUAAGGUACAUAAAUUCGUCUACUAUAAGCGAUAACCGACAUCGUUUCAGCUGGUGUUUAAUAUAUUAGCUGCAUGUCGUAAUGAGAAUUUAAGCAGCAAAUUAAUUAUAAGAUCUAAUCUAAUUUCCACAUUAUCAUUAUUGUUAUCAUAAUCAUUAUCUUCGCAUUAUUGCCUCAUUCAACAAAUUAUACAUCCAUAGAUUUUACCUGUACACACAUUUUCGGCAUUAUUAAAUUAUUGAAAAUAAAUUAUAUAUGUUAUUAAACAAAAGCACGAGCAAUGGUAUAGAUAUAUAUUCAAUACGCCAUCCACAUUAUUAAAAGUUAAUCAAUUUUUCUUUCUCUUCUUUUUCCUCUCAACUUCCGAAUCGUUCGUGUACGUUCGAAAUUAACCCUCCCGCCCCCACCCCUCUCCACCCCGAAAGGUACCUAUGGGGUGCAAAAGAAGUUCGCCAAGUACAUCGAAUGUUCAACAAUAGACUAUUAUUCAAAUAUAAUAUUUGAAUUCGCACGCUCUUCCUUCCCGACGUCCCCUGUGAGAAGGACUCUUCUUUCAUGAAUCAACGUAGGAGGAACUGAAGAAUAUGUUGACGUCA